AUGUCAACGGUGGGCAGUUUGGAGCCGUAUGAUUUGGAUGAUCCACACAAAUGGACUUCGUAUAAAGAGCGUUUCGACAUAUACUUAGUGGACAAUGAUGUCAAAGAGGAAGGACGGAAAAAAGCCGUUUUUCUCACACUAGCCGGUGCGCCACUCUUCGAACUCUUGACAUCAUUGGCAUCUCCAACGAAGUUCGGAAUCUCAUCAGCACCGGGAAUUUUUCAAAGUCUAAUUGAAAGUAUUCUGCAAAAUAUUCCUGGAGUGCUGCCGUACUUCGACGACAUCAUCAUUAUAGCGAAAUCAGAAGAGGAACUGGCAUCACGUCUAAACCAGGUACUAUCUCGUUUGGAUCAUGCUGGACUGCGCCUCCGAAAAGACAAAUGCGAAUUCGGCGUACCAACUGUGGAGUUUUUGGGUUUCAAGAUCGAUGCCUUGGGGAUUCGACCGUCAAUUUCUAAAGUCGAGGCGAUUCAAAACGCACCAAUACCGAAAGAUAAAAAAGGAUUACAAGGAUUUAUCGGACUGGUCAAUUUCUACCAUGCAUUUCUACCACACAAGGCCAUCGUGCUGGAUCAAAGCUUAGCAACGCAGAUUUUCUUAGCCUUUGCCCAAUUUCAUCAUCCGAAGAAGUUAAACCUGAUGAUUGAACUGGCUGGUGUCCCAGCUAGGCGUAUUGGUUUGGGGAAAUCGAGCUGUAAUUCCUCAAGCAGCCCGAGAUCCUAUUCUGAUGGCACUGCAUGCGCCUCAUCCUAUGAUUGUGAAGAUGAAAGCCAUAGCCCGCAGCUACGUGUGGUGGCGAACAUAGAUGCAGAGGUCGAGUCCAUGGUAAAGCAAUGCAAGGUUUGCCAACAAGGGCGCAACGAGAAACCUUCGACUGCAACACACCGAUGGGAGUCUGCCAAGUACCCUUGGUCUCGUAUCCACAUCGAUUUUGCUGGACCGUUCCAGGGUAAAAUCUACUGCUUGGUGGUCGACUCUUAUUUAAAGUGGUUGGAAGUCGCCGUUGUAAGCUCAACGUCAGCCGCGGCCGCAAUUAAAUUUCUACGCCAGUUGUUCGCCACCCAUGGUCUACCAGACGAGCUGGUAUCGGAUAAUGGAACUGCAUUUACUUCCGAAGAAUUCAAGCUCUUUACGGAGAACAACCUCAUUCGUCACAUAAAGUCUGCGCCUUUUCACCCGGCCACAAAUGGACAGGCCGAGAGAAUGGUUUAA